AUGUGGGAAUACCUCCGUCCUUCAGAGUGCAGGAGAGAGAGAGAGAUAAAGGCAGGGAAGAAGAGGGAGAGGAUGGGAGAUAGACAGAGAGUGAAAGGAUCAGCACAGGUGGAUUCACUGACCCAUUCUCACAGACUGGGACCAGAAAUCCCUGAAGGAGAGAGAGAGAGAGAGAAAGAUAGACAGCAUCAGGUGCUCCGACACGGUGAUCGAUCGCCUAUUGAGUCAUAUCCCAGGGAUCCUCAUGGGGAGGAAGUGUGGGCUCAGGGCUUUGGACAGCUGACUGAGCUGGGCAUGAAACAACAGUUUGAGCUAGGCAGGUUUUUAAGGAGGCGCUAUGGAAACUUUCUCAGUGAGGACUACGACAACAAGGAGUUGUAUGUGCGGAGCACGGACUACGACCGCACACUGAUGAGCGCCCAGGCCUGCCUUGCUGGGAUGUUCCCCCCAACCAGACGCCCGCCUCCCAUCAUGCCCCAGUUACUGUGGCGGCCUAUUCCAGUGCACACCAUCCCCAGGGCCCAGGACAAGUUGUUGAAGUCUCCAGGCAAAGACUGUCCAAGGUUCAGAGUGUUGAUGGAGGAGACGUUUGAGAGUGAGCCCUACCAGAGGUUCCUCAGGGCUCACCAGUACUUCGUGGAGAAACUCAGCAACUAUACAGGCUACUCUGUGUCCAAGCUGGUCGGCAAAAAAAUAUGGAGGGUCUAUGACACUCUUACUUGUCAGAGGAUCCAUAACUUGACUCUGCCACGCUGGGCCACCCAAGACGUCCUGGACACCCUGAAGAGAAUAGCAUCCUUUGAGGUCAUGUACAGCAUCCUCAGUCACAAGCGAAAAGAGAAGGCCAGACUGUCAGGAGGAGUCCUACUGAAUGCCAGCCUGAAGAAUUUCUCCAGAGCUGUAGAGCAAGAAAGCUCUCUCAAAUUCAUUAUGUACUCAGCUCAUGACUCUACACUCAUCACCCUCCAGGCGGCUAUGGAUGUCUUCAACGGCCUUCUUCCCCCUUAUGCUGCCUGUCAACUCUUUGAGUUCUACCAGGAGUCUGAUGGAUCUUAUUCUUUGGCGUUGUAUUACCGCAACGACUCCUUGCAUGAGCCUUACCCCAACCCUGUCCCAGGAUGCAAUGGACUGAACCCCUGCCCCUUGUCAUUGUUCACUGAGCUGGUGCGGGACGUGGUGGCAGAAGACUGGGAGAUUGAGUGCGGGUUUAGAGCAAGGUGGUCAAGCAUAGGUGUCAUAACGGUUCUUGCAGUGGCUAUUGGCCUCCUGGUAGUGGCGCUGUUGUUCAGCAUAGGAGUGGCAGUUCACAGGAGGAGAGCACACUACUCCAGGGAGGUGUAGUGCAGAGGACCUCCACAGAAAGCUAAACCUGAGUGACUCACCCACGAUCUCACGGAUG